AUGACUGUUAGAAGCUUGCCAUCCGUUUUCAACGGCUCAUUAGAUCUAGGUAUCAUUGGUGGUACCGGUUUAUAUCAUUUGGAUUGUUUAGAACCUAUUGCUGUAUUGCCACCUAUGGAAACUCCAUGGGGGACCACUUCAUCUUCUAUAACAAUUUCCAAAUUCAAAGGUAACUCCUCAUCACAUUUGCAUGUUGCAUUUAUUGCAAGACAUGGUCUUAACCAUGAAUAUCCUCCAACUAGAAUCCCAUUCAGAGCCAACAUGGCUGCUUUGAAACAUUUAAAAUGCAAAGGUGUGCUAUCCUUUAGUGCUGUCGGUUCUCUUCAACAACACAUCAAGCCAAGAGACUUUGUUCUUCCACAACAAAUUAUUGACAGAACUAAAGGUAUUAGAGAAUCUUCUUAUUUUAAUGAUACUGGGUUAGUUGGUCAUGUCAUGUUUGGUAAUCCAUUCUCUUCAAGCUUUGCUUCUUAUAUUUAUAAUAAUUUUAAAAGUACUCUUACAAAUGAAGAAUCAGAUGAACCUUGUUUAUUACAUUAUAACAAAGACUUGACUGUCGUUUGUAUGGAAGGACCUCAAUUCUCUACAAGAGCUGAGUCUAAAAUGUAUAGAUUAUUGGGGGGUGAUGUCAUUAAUAUGUCUGUCUUGCCAGAAGCUAAGUUGGCUCGUGAAUGUGAAUUACCUUAUCAAAUGAUUUGUAUGUCUACAGAUUAUGAUGCUUGGAAAGAUGAUGAGGAACCAGUCACCGUGGAACAAGUCAUUGGUAAUUUAACUAAUAAUGGUCAAAACGCUAAUAAAUUGGCUUCCAAUAUUAUUAAUAAGAUGGCUAAUGAAUUACCAGAAUUUUUAGUAAAUGGUGAUGGCUUGAAAGGUAGUAUUAAGAUGUCCAUCUCAACAAAACCAGAAGCUAUGUCAAAGGAAACUUUAAGUAAAUUAAGAUUCUUAUUCCCAGAUUAUUGGUGA